GAGCCGCUUGCGCGCGGUCCGUGUCUCAGCUCGCGUUCAUGUAUACAUGUCAAUUAUAAAUUAUACAAUAGUGUAACCUUUCUCCGAUAUGGGAAUUAAAAAAGAUAAAAAACUCAAAGAAAAAGAGCCUCCUAAAGUUUCGUACCUUCAAAUAUAUCGUUACGCGACAUGGACAGAGCGGGCGGCGACAAUAUUGGGAGUGGUGCUGGGACUGCUGAGCGGAGGCGGCGUGUGCUUCAUACUGGUGCAGAUCGGGGAGCUGAGCACCACCUUCAUUGAGCGCACGAGCUACCAGGAUCAGUACACCAGCUACAUGCCGCUCAUGAUCGUCUUCGGAGGAGGCCUGAGAUUGAAAAAUGGAUCUCCCAAACAGCAUAUGGAUGCCCUAGUAGACGAUGCGAAGGCGAUGGCUAUAGGCACGUUUGUCAGCGUGAUAGUAUCGCUAGUGCUCGUCAUCUCGUCCGUAGCGCUCAUCAACUGGAGUGCUCUGAGACAGAUCACAAGAAUUCGGAAGCUUUUCUUAGAGGCAGUAUUAAGACAGGAUAUGACAUGGUUCGACACUGAUACGGAAUUCAAUUUGGCUACCAAAAUGUCAGAGAAUAUGAUGAAAUUAAAAGAUGGAAUGGGAGAAAAAGUGGCAGUUGUUUCUAAUCUCAUCGGGACGGCUAUAAUUUGUAUCUGCCAAGCGUUCCCACUUGGUUGGGAAUUAGCGCUCGCCUGUCUCUCAGUAGUACCUUUUUCUAUCGCAGCGUCCGUCAUUUUAUCUAACUACCAAACAAAGUCUUCAGUCCGUGAAAUGAAUGCCUAUAGCCAGGCUGGGAAGCAAGCUGAAGAAGUAUUGAAAUCUGUGAGAACCAUUGUUGCUUUCGGUGGUGAAAAUAGAGAAGUCGACAGGUACAGGAAGUUGCUGGAACCGGCGGAGCGGUACGGUCGCAAGCGCGGGCUGUACACGGGACUUGGCACCGGCUUCAACUGGGUGCUCACCUACUCGCUCAACGCCAUCGGCCUCUCCUACGGCACUCGCUUGGUGCUCCAAGACCUCCUUAUUGCUGACCCUGAUAAAAGGCGAUACGCAGUCGGAGAAAUUUUCAGUAUUCUCUUCAGUAUAUACAUGGCCACGCAGUCUAUAACCUUCUGCGUGCCUCAUGGAGAGUCAUUCUCGGCAGCGAGGGCGGCGGCUGCCAGCGUGUUCGAACUGAUAGAAAGAGAACCGAAAAUUAAUAGCAUGAACAAAGAAGGCGCCCAACCAAGAAGAGUAAUUGGUGACAUAUCUUUUGAAGACGUUUGUUUUAACUACCCCUCGCGUCCCGACGUUACGGUUUUGAAAGAGUUUUGUCUACACAUCAAACGAGGAGAGUGCGUGGCCCUGGUCGGGUCGUCCGGCUGCGGCAAGUCCACUAUACUGCAGCUGCUGCAGAGGCUGUACGACGUGCACUCCGGCUCGGUCAAGCUGGAUGGCAGAGAUGUCAGAACACUCAACAUAGGCUGGCUCCGAUCUUGUUUAGGUGUCGUAGGUCAAGAACCUGUGUUAUUCCGCGGAACCAUACAUGAUAACAUAGCCAUAGGCUACCCAGAAGCAACGAGGGAGGAAGUUAUCAAAGCUGCUACAAUGGCAUAUGCACACGACUUUAUCGUUAACCUGAACGAGGGCUACGACACUAUGAUUGGAGAACGAGGCGCGUUGCUCUCAGGCGGCCAAAAGCAGCGUAUCGCCAUUGCGCGAUCACUGCUGCGCGAACCGGCUGUUCUUCUUCUGGACGAGGCUACGUCUGCUUUGGAUCCGCACUCUGAGAAGCAAGUACAAGUAGCCUUGGAUAGCGCUAGCGUUGGAAGAACUACGAUUGUUGUGUCACAUAGAUUGUCAACUAUUGUGAACGCUGAUCGAAUUAUAUGCAUGGACCAAGGUGCGAUUGUCGAACAUGGCACUCACGAAGAGCUGAUGAAGGCCAAAGGUUUCUAUCAUAAGUUGGUAACAACCGGGAAGGAAGUAAAGGAACCUGAUGUGAUUGACACCUUACCGGAGGAAGUAGAUGGAACGGGCGACACAGAUGAAGUGGCGGCUCUUGCUCCGCGUGUAGAUGUAAAGAGAAAGUCUAAUAGGAGGAUUCACAGACACCACUCAAUGAAAAAAGACUCGCAUGAUUGGAUGACUCCUCGGGGCUCUAUAAGCUCUGUGAUGUCCACUGGACUACAAAACUUUGUUUACAACUCCGAUAUCGUUGAAAGUGACGAGGAAAAUGAGGAUGACGAAAAAGUCAAGCCGGUGAGCGAUUGGGAGCUGAUGAAAUUGAAUGCACCAGAAUGGCCACACCUGGCAGCAGGAGCCCUGGCCGCAUUUUUGCAAGGUGCUUGCUUUCCUGCUUUCGCCCUUCUAUUUGGAUUAGCAAGCGGGAUUUUCGUUUCAAAAAAUCAUGACGAGAUAAGAUACGAAGCAGACUUUUUUUCGGGGAUGUUCAUCGUGGUAGCCGCCAUUGCUGGAAUAUCCAUGUGUCUGCAGAGCGUCACCUUUACAAAUGCUGGCUUAAAAAUGACCACGAGAUUACGGCACCAAUACUUCAAAAGUUUACUUAACCAAGAAAUUGGCUAUUUCGAUAAAGAGUCGAACACAGUCGGUUCGCUGUGUUCCCGUUUAACUGGCGACGCGGCCGCAGUCCAGGGCGCUACGGGCCUGAGGAUUGGUCUCAUCCUGCAGGGCCUGAGUUCCGUGCUAGUCGGAUUCAUCAUGGCCAUUUGCUACAACUGGAAGUUGACCCUUGUAGGGUCUGUAUUCUUACCUCUUAUGGUUGGAAGCAUCUGGUUAGAGGGGAUUGUUUCCCAGCAGUCUCAAGAAAAUGAAACAGCAGCCCUGGAAUCAGCAACAUCAAUAGCUACUGAAGCCAUUAUUAGUAUUAAAACUGUUCAGAGUUUAGGUGUCGAAUCGAAAUUUUUAGAGAAGUUCAACAAAGAGUUAAAGGAAUCAUGUGCUGCUGUCGCCAAGAAGUCACGCUGGCGCGGCUUAGUGCUUGCGCUGGGAUUAUACGUACCGUUCCUGUCGUACUGUAGCGCGACGGUGUACGGCGCCACCCUCGUUGCGACUGACAAUGUGCCAUACCAAUAUGUAUUUUUAGUUACGGAGGCUUUAAUGUACGGCGCUUACAUGCUCGGUCAGUCUCUGGUGUAUGCUCCAAGCUUCAACUCUGCUAAAGCAAGUGGAGCCCGCGUCUUGGCCGUCAUCAAUAGGGUGCCGAAGGUCGUAACAGCAAAUGGACUCAAGGACAAAAAAGAUUGGGUAUCUACCGGACAGUUCAGCUUCAAGGAUGUAGAGUUCAGUUAUCCAACGCGGCCACACAUACGCGUGCUGAAGGGGCUGGAGCUGCAGGUGGAGGCAGGCAAGACGGUGGCGCUGGUGGGCUCCUCGGGCUGCGGCAAGUCCACCGUGCUGCAGAUGUUGCAGCGCUUUUACGAUCCCGACUCGGGUAAUAUUGAAGUAGAUGGGCGAGAUAUCCGGAGCCAGUUGACAUUGCCCCGCCUUCGGAAGCAACUGGGCGUGGUGCAACAGGAGCCGGUGCUCUUCGACCGCACGCUUGGCGAAAACAUUGCCUACGGGGACAACAGUAGAAAGGUCACGACGAUGGAGAUCGUAGCCGCUGCUAAAGCUGCUAAUAUUCAUAGUUUCAUCGUUUCGCUACCCAAGGGCUAUGACACGAAUCUGGGGGCGAGCGGCGCACAGCUGUCGGGAGGACAGAAGCAGCGCGUAUGCAUCGCGCGCGCGCUCAUCCGCACCCCGCGGCUAUUGCUACUGGACGAGGCCACAUCCGCUCUCGACGCCAACAGCGAACGGGCGGUGUCGGAAGCACUGGAAAAGGCAGCCAAAGGACGAACAUGUAUCACCAUCGCCCACCGGCUCUCGACUAUCAAAGACGCCAAUCUCAUCUGCGUUGUUGACAAAGGCAAAAUCGUGGAAAAAGGAACCCACGCGGAACUGGUGGCUCUGCAGGGCCACUACUAUCGCAUGUGCAAGGGACAACACGUCUCCCUCAACUAGCAGCGGCUUCACUUGAUGUUAACUUCCAAACAAAAUGGUUACCUGGUCCAUAAAGAAGUAAAGUUUAAGUGCUCACACCAUACAUACACGCGGCAUUGCGUCAAGCCGAGUUCAAAAGAAGAGAACUGUGAACGCAGCGGCUAUGUUAUAUUACACGAACCAUUUGGAACCACUUUUGACUCCUACUCCUACGUAACUCAAAAUGUAUUAAACAUAAACAUAUGAAA